GACAGGAUACGGGGUGCUGUUUCAGUGUUCUUGUAUUUGUUAAGACUUGUUUUGUUUUGGAGUAUGUGCUCACUUUUGGAGAAAGUUUUAUGGGGUGAUGAGAAGAAGAUUUGCUCUGGGUCAGAUCAAAGGACAACUUAAGAUGUCUACUCCAUCCUGUACUCAUGAUGAUGAUGACUUUUCAAUGGAACAUACAACCACCGCCUGUUUCCCGAGAAACCGCAGCCUCAUCAGUGAGAUCUUCAGCAAGAGUGUGGUAUCUGAUGGGCAGUGGGUUCUCACAAAGGAUAAAAUGCAGGUCCUCACACAACAUGUCCAGUUUUUAGUGGCUCAUCAGCGAAAACUAGAAGCCGAACUUCUUCAGCUAGAGGAACAACACCAGGAGAAGAAGAGGAAGUUCCUGGAAAGCACAGAUUCCUUUAACAAAGAACUUAAAAGCUUAUGUGGUCUGAAGGUGGAAGUGGACAUGGAGAAAAUUGCAACUGAAAUGGCACAGGAGGAGGAACAGGCCUGCAAAAGGCAGGGGGAGAGGGAGAAGGAGGCAGUGGAGCAAGCCGAGCACAGUCAGGGCGGCAUCGCCCCUGAGGAAGAGCAAGUGGCAAACAAAAAAAGGAGAAAGGAGUCGCCAUCUGCUUGCUGCCAGAAGAUGCAAGAUGUAGAAGUACCUGGAAGCCACAGGGUCCGUGGGUGGGCUGGGACAGCGCGGCCCAGGGCUCCGGACCUCCCUCCCGGCUGCAGCUUCGCCCCGUCCUCCAGCCCUGCAGGGCGCAGGCUCCGUGCAGGUAGCGGCGGCCUCGAGGCCCGCGCCUUCCCCUCCGCCGGCGGCGGCGGCGGCGCAGCCUAG